AAGACAACUUAGUCUCCUACAAUCUUUAGCCUUAUAGUGGUAUUAGAGCCUUCCUUGCUCUCACGAGCCCUUGAUCAUGGACACCCAUGAUGAGUCGCCCAACUCCGCUGCAUCCAAAACCUCUCCAAACUCUACUGCAACAGUCCUUAAUCCUGGCUUCACCAAAAAUCCAUUAUCCUUCAACUCUGCCGCAUUCCCUGUGAAGUUAACGCCCACCAACUAUAUGCCAUGGAGGGCUCAGUUUACUUCCUUGAUUGUAGGUUAUGAACUCGAUGGUUAUCUCGAUGGCAGAAACCCCUGUCCAGUUGCCACUAAACCAGAGUAUAGCUCAUGGGCCCGUCAAGAUCAACUCUUGCAGCAUGCUCUUAUCACCUCCAUCUCGGAAAGCAUCACCCCCUAUAUUGUGAUCACCUUGAAGGAACGCCUCCAAAACAUGAGACGUGAUAGCCGCUCUGUUGCUGCUUAUUUACGAGAUCUCAAAACUGUUGCUGAUGAAUUGGAAUCUAUUGAUCGUCCACUAAACGACGAUGAUCUUACAGUUUAUGAAACUCUAAUUGCCCUCUUAGCUGCCACCCUCAACAGGCUCUUGGGCAAAUGGCAAAUUUUGCCUCCUUCUUUGCUACUUUUUUUUUAUGAUUGCCUUUUGGAUUCUGGUGCUAACAACCAUGUGACCACUGAUUUGGCUAACCUGGCACUUCAUUCUGAAUACAAUGGUCUUGAUGAACUUCAUAUUGGUGAUGAAUCAGGUUUGAAAAUCACACAUUCCACUGUCUCUCAUUUACCCUUUGAUUUUUUACCCGCUGGUGAGUCUUUGACUCCCUCUUCACCUGCCCUUGAUCUAAGUACCUUGCUGUUGCCGCUUCACUCUCCCACUGGUGCACCCCAUGAAUUAAUGGCUCAAGUGGUUCCUGUUCUUGCAACUGCUUCUUCUUCCGUUCUGUCGCCACCCACCCAAUCUCCAGCCUCAUCCCGAGCCCUAUUCCUAGCCCAAUCCCUUGCCAAGUCCCUGGCCCAAUUCCCAACCUUGUCCAGUUCACAAAGCUCCACACCCCAAUCCCAAUCAAGUCCUAAUCCUUCUCCCUCAUCCUCGGUCCAAGAACCAACACUCUUUCCUUCCCCAGGUAGUGAUCCUUGUGCUGUUCAUUCUCUUAUUUGGGUCAUGGGCACUCAUUUCUCGUUGAAAGAUUUGGGGUCUCUUAGUUUUUUCCUUGGAGUUAAGACUAUUCCCACAACUGAUGGUCUAUUCUUAUCUCAACAUUGGUAUAUUGCUGAUCUUCUCCACCAAUACAAUAUGCAUGAGGCAAAACUUGUGACUACCCCUCUUGCUUCUUUUUCUCCAUUGCAUCUCACUUCUAGUUCGCCUCUAUCUGAUGGCUCUGCUUAUCAGCGACUUCUUAGCUCUCUACAAUAUCUUGCCCUCACCCGUCCAGACCUCUAUUGUGUUGAAUUGGGCAUUUCUAGUCUUGGUUCUCCUGCUCUGUUUUGUGACAAUGUUGGUGCCACUUAUCUGAGUCUCAAUCCCGUUCUCCACUCUAGUAUGAAACACAUAGCCAUUGAUUUACACUUUGUUCGAGAUCUGGUCGAUCAAAAAAUUCUCCAUGUGUCUCACAUUUCUUCUCAUGACCAGCUCGCUGAUGGCCUCACCAAGGCUCUGUUUGCUGCUCGUUUCUCUAGUCUUCGUUCCAAGAUUGGUGUUGCUGAUGGCACCUCCAUCUUACGAGGUGAGCAAAUAGCCAGAGAGUCAAAAAUACAUAGCUAUGGCAAGAGCUUCACUGGGUUUGUUGCAAACCUUUUGCCCCAUGAAGCAAAGAAACUAUCAGAGGAAGAUGGUGUUAUAUCAGUGUUCGAAAACACCCGACGCAAACUUCACACAACAAGAUCAUGGGAUUUUCUUAGAAUGCCUACAUCAUGGAAGCUAAGGAACCCUAAAGUCGAAAGCAAUAUCAUAGUAGCCUUAAUGGAUAAAGGGAUUUGGGUGGAUUCCCCAAGUUUUAGUGGCAAAGGCUUUGGACCUCCUCCACCUAAAUGGAAGGGAAAAUGUGAUAAAGGAUCAAACUUUACUGGCUGCAACAAGAAAGUAAUUGGAGCAAGAUACUACAAUCUAGACAAAAGUUUUCCCAUCGAGGAGGACCCAACCCCAGCUGACUACAUGGGCCACGGGACCCAUACUUCCUCCACCGCUGCCGGUGUAUCCAUCCACGAUGCCAGCCUUUACGGGAUAGCCAAAGGCACUGCUCGUGGCGGUGUGCCAUCAGCACGUAUAGCAAUGUACAAGGUCUGCUGGAGUGGCGGCUGCACCGACAUGGACAUUCUGACCGGUUUCGACGACGCUAUCCAUGAUGGAGUGGACUUGAUAUCCGUCUCCAUAGGCGGCCUCUCCAGAGACUUUUUUGAGGACCCAAUAGCCAUUGGAGCCUUCCAUGCCAUGAAAAAGAGGAUUUCAACGUCGUGGUCGGCUGGAAAUGGAGGUCCUGAUUUGUUUUCGGUGGAAAAAGUGGCACCAUGGGUCCUCACCGUCGGGGCCAGCAGCAUGGAUAGGAACUUUUGGAUGUUCAGCUUGGAAAUGGCAUGAAAAUUGCAGUAAGUUCUCAGCCCCUUUUUUGAAGAAUUUUUUUAUAUGUAUCAAAAACAGAAAGAAAAAAAAUCUUUUAUUUUUACUGUUUAAAUUAUAAAAUAUUAAUUAUUAA